CCGAAAGCGAAAGAAAAAUUCAUAUAAAUGAAUUCAUUUACCAUAAUAGAAUCGAAGGAUGAAUUGGUGACCAAAUUGAAAAAAGAAAUUGAGAAACGAGCUGAAAACGCUAUUCAAGAUCAUGGCGAAUUUCGUGUAGGUCUCUCAGGAGGCUCGUUGGUGGAAUACGUAAGCGACGUUAUACGGAGUUCGGUAAUAGGAUUAACGAAUUGGAAGAUAUUUUUUUGCGAUGAAAGAUUUGUAGAAGAAAGUGAACGUAAUUCGACUUACGGUUGCUAUAAACGCGCUUUGUUAGAUGGACAAACUAUCUUGAAUGAAGAGCAAUUCAUAAAGAUUGAUACAAAAUUAAGUUUGGACGACUGCGCUCGUGACUACGAAACACGUAUCUUAAGAGCAUUCAAUUGUUCUGAUGGUCAAAUGCCAAAAUUUGAUUUACUUAUACUUGGGAUGGGGCCAGAUGGUCACACUUGCUCUUUGUUUCCCGAACAUAUUUUAUUGGAAGAAAGACGUCGACUUAUAGCUGCUAUAGAUGACUCUCCGAAGCCACCCUCAGAAAGAAUCACAAUGACUUUACCUUUAAUAAAUAAUGCUUCGUGUUGUUUAUUCGUAAUAACUGGCGAAAGCAAAGCAGCAACAAUUGAGCAAAUUAUCCCCAAAUCAGCAGAUAUCCGUUACCCGGUACAAUUAGUUAAGCCAGUAAGAGGAGAUUUAUUAUGGAUUUUAGAUGCUGACGCAGCGAAAUUUCUUAAAUAAAAAAUUAUAAAUUCUAAGGUAAGUAAAUUAUUAUAUUACGAAAUAUUUAUAC